AUGAAAACAGUACCUUAUUUCAAAUGUUCAGCAAUUGAUCUACUCGUUAUAUGCACUAAACAGGAAUACAAGGAAGCUACAUUCACGUGGCAACAGUUCUAUGAUGAUGGUUCCUACAUAGGCACUACACCAGAGAUAAAAGCGACGAUAUCAUCAUUUGUAUAUACUUUACAAAACUUCGAUAACAACACAUUUGUGGAAGCAUUGCCAGGCAAUUCUAGAAGUAAUACAUUAAAAAUGAAUGUUAUUCCUGAGUACAAAACUGAGAGCAAACUGACGUUUAAUGACUUAACCAAUAUUGAAUUCGAUUGUGAAACAUAUUUACAGCAAACAAAAUAUGUAUACGUAGGCCUUAUUAACACAACAGAAAACAAGAUAACGACACUGAAUACAACAAACAUUAAUGAUAAACUUGGUGCAGAAUAUAACGGUAGUAUUUUAUGUUGUUUGCAUUACACCGUUCAAAAAAUAUCGGAAAAAAUACCUGAAAUAAAUAUAAUACGACAUGUACAGGAUACUACACUGUUAUUAUAUUCCACUGAAACACCUGAACCUCUAUCUUAUUUCAAUUGUUCAUCGAUUGAUCGAGUCAUCGUGUGCACUAAACAGGAAUACAACGAAGCCACAUUCACGUGGCAACAGUUUUAUGAUGAUGGUUCCUACAUAGGCACUACACCAGAGAUAAAAGCGACGAUAUCCAAAUUUAUAUAUACUUUACAAAACUUCGAUAACAACACAUUUGUGAAAACAUUGCCAGGCAAUUCUAGAAGUGAUACAUUAAAAAUGAAUCCUGUCAUAACUGAUGACAAAAAUAUUAGCAAACUGACGUUUACAGACUCAACCAAUAUUGAAUUCGAUUGUGAAAUAUAUUUACAGCAAACAAAAUAUGUAUACGUAGGCCUUAUUAACACAACAGAAAACAAGAUAACGACACUGAAUACAACAAACAUUAAUGAUAAACUUGGUGCAGAAUAUAACGGUAGUAUUUUAUGUUGUUUGUAUUACACCACUCAAAAAAUAUCUGAAAAAAUACCUGAAAUAAAUGUAAUACGACAUGUACAGGAUACUACACUGUUAUUAUAUUCAUCUCAAGCACUUGCUGAUUCCGGCGUUACAAGAGAUCUUACAGUGUUAUAUACGUCUGUUACUGCCGCAGUGCUCAUUCUUGCAGUCGCAAUAAUUAUUGUAGUUAUAAUAUGUUGUUGUAAUAAGACGUCCUCAUCAUCAGAACCAAAGCCAGUAUCAAAGUGGGAACCAUUUUAUGUGAAUAAGCUGUUGCUGUUACGCAAAGAAUGUGACAGAGAAAUUGAGGCUGAACGACAAGCGCAGGAACCGGUGUAUGAAGAGAUUUCGUGAAAAACCUCAUCAUAAUGUUACAUCUACAAAUAAAUAACUAAAUAUAGCAACACCACACGCGGUCGGUUAGCCCCAUGGUAAGCUAUAUAUUAGCUUGUGGGCUAUAUAUUAGGUUAUGGGUGCUAACACUACUGAUAUACCACAUAUAUUACUAUACAUAUAAAUACAUAUUAUAACUCCCAGACCGCAGCCAACAAGCAUGCUCAUCAAGCCAAUGUUGACCGUACCGAGAAUCGAACCCGGGACCAUGAGUCAGGCAGUCCGGCAUGGUGACCAUUGCGCCCACGAGGUCGUCUAAACAAAAAUAAACAUAGAUUUGUUUUGUCUAUCAUGGAUGUAACUUGAUUACUUGAACCUGAUACUGGUUUUAUUUUAACGAUAAAGAAAUCAUUAGCUAGAAUUUCAAUGAUUAUUAUUUAGUAUUUUUUGUUUAUGAUUGUAAUGUUUUGUGGGCUUAAUCCUAUUAUAAGUUAUAAGUAGGUUAUGACUAAUUUCUAACACUAGGCUGUAUUUCUAUUAAAAGCAUCAGAUAUUGCUUGUGGAGACGUUUCUAUACGAUCUCCGAUUUUCGAUUAUAUUGUUACUUUUAGAACGUUAGUUUUAUAAGUUUUUACAAUUCCCCACGUAGUUUUGUAAUUUUUUUAAAUCAUUUUUAUUUUGUUCUUUAGAUUUCAGUCUAUAAUGUAAUGUUUUUAUGUAAGUAGCUUAAGUUAAAAUGUAAUUCUGACAGUAAAUAAAGGCUUUUUUAAUUAAAUGUA